AUGGCUAUUAAAGAUAAAUUAAAAAGAGUAUCAAAAGUAUUUACUUCAGAAUCAAAAGAAUCAUUAGAGAAACAACCACAAGAAGAAGUUGAUCAAGUUGAACCAGUUGAAGGAGCAGAACCAACUACAACAGAAGAUGCAGCAGCAGUACCAGAAACUACCACAGCCACAGAAGAAGUUGCAAAAACUACUGAAGAACCAAGUACAGAACCAAUUGUAGCUACCACCAACAAAGAAGAACCAUUAGUUACAGAAGAAGCACCAGUAGAUGUUGAAACUCCAGUUGUUGUUAAAAAAUCUGAAAUUGAAGAAGUUGAACCAACGACUGUAGAACCAACAGAUGAAGUUAUUACUACACCAACUGCUGAUGUCACUGAAGUUGAAGCUGCAACAGGUGAAGAACAAGCUGAAAUACCAGCUGAAGGAGAAGAAGGUGAACCAAUUGUUACUAAAUCUAAAUCAUCAUCAAAUAAAAAAUUGUUUGAUUUUUUCAAAAAGGUUUAUGCAAAAUUUAAAAAACCAGUUGUUGCAAAAGCUUAA